UGCACCAAAAUUUCGAAUUUAAUCGUUAAUUACGAUAUUCCCAUCCGCAGGCCAUUCAAUCUUCCGGGGCUCUCCUCUCACAAAUCCCUUUCCUUCCGUGACAAGCUAUCGAAUAAGCCUUUUCCUGGUUAGGGUUCCAAUUCAAUGUCGCCCUUCCGAUUCCUUCAUCUCCUCCUCAUCUUGCUCUUUUCCUACGCCUCCGCCAAUACCUACCACUCCCUCCUCCGGAUGGUCCCCGACGACCGCGUUUUCAGCGGAUCCGCUGGCUUCCGAGGAGCCGCCGAUGGCAUCUUCUGCGAUAGCUGGAGGCUCUCUGUGGAAACUAAUAACGCAGGGCAUUGGAGGAUCAUCCCAGAAAACUGCCUCGGGUUGGUGGAGGAAUACAUGAACGGGGAUCGGUACUCGUCGGAUUCCGACGUUGUCGGCGCUGACUCUCUGUCCUUCGCCAUGACUGUUCAGAUUGAGGGCGAUGGGAAAGACAUAUGGAUCUUUGACAUCGACGAGACGCUGCUUUCCAAUCUUCCGUAUUAUGUGGUCCAUGGAUACGGAUCUGAAGUUUUCAAUGAGACUUCAUUUGAUGAAUGGGUGGACUUGGCUAAGGCUCCAGCGUUACCAACAAGUCUAUGGCUAUAUGAAGAACUUCUUGGGCUUGGAUUUCAGAUAGUUCUUCUAACCGGUCGAAGUGAGUUUCAAAGAAGUGCAACCGAAAAGAAUCUAUUGUUCGCUGGUUACCAUUCAUGGGAACGACUUAUUUUAAGGCAAACCGCAGACAUAGGAAAGUCUGCAGUGGUCUACAAGUCAGAAAGGCGAGCAGAGCUGGAAGCGCAGGGAUUCAGGAUUCAUGGUAACUCGGGUGAUCAGUGGAGCGAUCUGUUGGGGUCGCCGAUGACAAAGCGCUCCUUCAAACUCCCUAAUCCGAUGUACUGCGUUGAAUGAUCUAAUACAAGCCGCAAGGCAAGUAGGCAACCAUUCUUUUGGCACUCCUAUUUUUCACUUGUACCUCUAUUGUAUUCCUUAUCGUCGACACCAAAUUAUGCCAUGGAAUGUGAUGGCUUUGAAAUGGAAAACAAGGAUCAGUUCGGUGAUGGUUGUAACUGAUACCGGCAAAUAUGUAAAUUAACAAGGCAGAAGAGAUUACAAAUACUGCAACUGUGUAUUAGUGUUUUUAAAUUGGAAUUUACUUGUAAUGCUGACUUAUUAUUAUCAAGGUUAAUUUGUACACCCAAAAGUUAUAGAAAUCCUUGCAGAGACAUAUCCUCAAACGUUGCUACUCGCUUCCUCUUCUUCAUCAUCAACUUGGAAGAUGGGAUCCUUAGAGUCCACUGCCGGGGAAUUCUCUGUCCACCACCGCUGGUUGCCUGCCCAGGUGAACUUACCUCCAUGGCCGCCCUUCUUGGGCUUGCCGCUCAUGCCGGUGGCCGACCUCCUGUCCUUGCGCUCUUCCUUGGCCUGCUUUUCUCCUUUCUUUCCCUUUCCUUCCAUACCUGCAAUUACCUUCGCAGAAUGGUGAGUGUUUUCCACUGUCUGUUUUCUUCAUUCUUGUGCACUUACACAGAAUUCAGGGGGGGUGAUUGUGCGUGUCUACUGCCGUCUCGGACCAUGUUAACGAGCAGGAUCUGGAGAUCACGUCGAACACUUGGACUGAUAGAUGCUGAUCAGUUGCUGGUGAAGCUUAGAUCGAGCAAUGCUUGUCAAUCGUCGGAACGAUUUCAGGACAAAUGGAUAAGGGAGAGUGGUGUAUUUGGAUUUUAUUAAGUCUGUGUUAAUGGAUAAGACGUGGAUGACUUUUGCAGCGCCAAUAGGAAGCACCGAGUUUUGGCGUAUAUGUCUGUCUGCGUCUAAUUAUUUACCUAAAGAGUUCAUGAUGCUGCAAACGACAGGUUAAUCUUAGGGUUACAUGGUGCAAUUAUAUUUUAUAAAAUUAUCAUCACUUCUUAA